AUGGAUUAUAGGUGCCAACUCUGGAAAGGCACAGAUAAUUCUUACAUCAUUGCCAGUCACACCUUAAGGAAGGAAUUCAGUGACGCUUCCGUGCAAAUUGACACUCCGAUGCAGGUUAAUGUUUCUGUCCAGACGGAUGUAUGUAAUAAUACAGAUAAGUUUUGUCAAACGUCAAUGAAGAUUUCGGCAAUGACUCCAAGAAAAAUUCAAUUAAGAAAAGAAAUUAAAACUCUGGAAAAGGAAGGCUCUCACGCAAAAACAUCCCUGGAAGUAGGAGUUACUUUGGACGAUGUUCAAAAAUUCCUAGAUGACAACUACCCAGCAGAUUCUUGUGCAUUCCUUAAGAGUCAGCUAUCUCUUCUGAACAAGUCUCCUCGGGGAAGCAGAAUUAUUGCGGUGACACAAACGGGCAUGCCGCACGACAUGUCAGGAGACAGCUUUUCGUUGAGCUUUAGCGCAUAUAAAAGAGGAGAAUUAUACCUAAAACAAAAUGAUCAACAAUUUAAUCAGAAUUAG